CUCGUCAUAUCAGAGGCUAUUCACUUCCAAAGGGACUUGUCACUAAACACUAUUCACCCUUAAUCUCAAACACCAAAACACACAUCACAACCUUCGUUCAAUCCACCAUCAUGGCCCAACCACCAAAACAACCGCAACCCGGGCCCUCCUCCCGCCCCUCGGCCCCCUCCCCACCCGGCUCUCCCCUCCCAACCUCACCCCCUCCCCCAGCCUACGGCGAUUCCCUAGAUCACUUCAACCUCUCGCAAGCCGGUUUCCAAGCCGGCGCAGCUCUUACCGAAGACGGCCGCAUCAACAUCCAAAUCUCCGAAAAGAACCACCGGCUCUCGCAACUUCUCGCUCCCGCCCUACGCAACCAACUCCUCGGGCAACCUCCCUCUCCCGCCACCGGUCCUCUUCCACCGCCUUACAUCCCCGCCAGCUUGGGCGGGCAACCGGGGCAGACGCCGCCGCCCAGAUUGAAUGUGGUGAUCCAGAUUGUGGGAUCAAGGGGGGAUGUGCAGCCUUUUGUUUCCCUUGGGCAGACGUUGAAGCAGACGUAUGGACAUCGGGUGCGGGUUGCUACGCAUCCGGUGUUUAAAGAGUUUGUGGAGGAGAGCGGAUUGGAGUUUUUCAGCAUUGGUGGAGAUCCAGCCGAGUUGAUGGCUUUUAUGGUUAAGCACCCUGGUUUGAUGCCGGGGUUUGAUGCGAUCAAGACGGGGGAGAUUACGAAGCGGAGGAAGGGGGUUUAUGAGGUGUUGAUGGGGUGUUGGAGGAGUUGUAUUGAGGCGGGGGAUGGGACGGGACCGGCGCCGAAGGAGUGGAAGAAGGGGGAUAGGAAUGCCGAGGGCGCAUUUAUCGGGGAGGAUGGGUGGACGGUGUCGGGAGAUGCAGGAGUAGGAAUGGGGAGGAAGCCGUUUGUGGCGGAUGCGAUCAUUGCGAAUCCACCGAGCUUUGCGCAUAUUCAUUGCGCGGAGAAGUUGGGGGUGCCGUUGCAUAUGAUGUUUACAAUGCCCUGGUCGCCUACAAAGGCCUUCGCCCACCCUCUAGCCAACAUCCAGUCCUCGAACGCUGACGUCGCUAUCACCAACUACAUCUCCUACGCCCUAGUGGAGAUGAUGACCUGGCAGGGUCUAGGGGACGUGAUCAACCGGUUCAGAGAGAAGGUGCUCGACCUCGAACCUCUUUCUCUGCUAUGGGCACCAGGACUACUCAACCGUCUUCGCAUACCGACAACAUAUUGUUGGUCUCCAGCUCUGAUCCCCAAGCCCAACGACUGGGCCCAGGAGAUCAGCGUAGCCGGUUUCUACUUCCUUGACCUGGCGACCAACUAUACCCCCGAACCCGAUCUUGCCGCAUUCCUUGCUGCUGGUCCGCCUCCAAUAUACAUCGGCUUUGGUUCCAUCGUCGUCGAUGACCCCGACGCCUUGACCCGUCUUAUCCUCCGUGCCGUAGCCAAGUCUGGUGUUCGCGCUCUCAUUUCAAAGGGAUGGGGUGGCAUCGGCCUCACCCAAGACAUCACUCAAGCAGAUUGGGCUCCCCGCCCAGAUCAAUACUUCAUGCUCGGCAACUGUCCACACGACUGGCUGUUCAACCGUGUCUCAGCCGUGGUUCACCACGGAGGAGCAGGUACCAGCGCAGCAGGCAUCAAGGCUGGAAAGCCUACCGUCGUGGUUCCCUUCUUUGGCGACCAGCCGUUCUGGGGAGCCAUGAUUGCCAAGGCUGGUGCUGGACCGAAGCCCAUUCCGAACAAGGAGCUCACAGCAGACAAUUUGGCAGCAGCUAUUCAAGAAGCGCUCAAGCCAGAGACACUUGCUAGGGCGAAAGAGCUCGGAAAUAGGAUCAAGGAGGAGAAGGGAGCUGAUGAAGGCGGCAAGAGCUUUCAUCAGUUCUUGGAGGUUGAUGGUAUGCGGUGCAGCUUGUCACCCAGCAGAGUUGCCACGUGGAGAGUUAGGAGGACAAAGGUCAGGUUGAGUUCGUUUGCUGCGGAGGUGUUGGUUAGGGAAGGGUUCUUGAAGUACUCCGACCUGAAGCUGUACCGAGCCAAGGAGCACGUCACCGAUGGUCAGCCAUGGGAUCCCAUCUCUGCUGUCACAGCAGCUUUGGUAGAGGACCUUGGAACCAUGGCCAUGUCGGUUGCCGACUUUCCCAGGCAGAUCUUCAAGACCAACCAGGGUAGAAGAGCUAGCAACGUUGCUGGCGGCAACGGGCAGGGUUCAGGGUCGGAUACACCAGCAGACGGAGCUCACGAGGCUUCGUCUCCCCAGGCGCGCGGAGCCCUCAGCCCCGAAGGCCAAUCAGGGUCUUCUUACUUCCCUCCCACAUUUGAAGAGGCAUCCAGGCCGUCAUCUAGUGCCAAGGGCAAGGGGAGGCCCGUACCUUCAGCAUCCGAUAGCAGGCAAGGCUCUUCCAUGGGCUCGUCCAACCAACGUUCUGCAAGCGGAGGUCAGCGUCCAUCAACACCAGGUGGCACAGCAAACAUCUUUGGGGCUGCGAGCCCUCAGUUGAACCUAGAGGCGUUGAAUUAUGAGACGGUUCUCGACGCAGGCAGGAACGUGGGUCGCUUUGUCGACACGGGUAUGAAGAUGCCCAUGAACGUGUGUCUCGGUCUUGCCCGUGGCUUUCGCAACGCUCCCCGCUUAUAUAACGACGACACGGUUCGACCUCAAGAGAAGGUAACGGACUUCGCUUCCGGGUUAAGAGUUGCAACCAAGGAGUUUGGGUUUGGCCUGUUUGACGGAAUCUCAGGUCUAGUAACUCAACCCAUGAGGGGCGCAGAGAAGGAAGGUGCCAUGGGACUCCUUAAGGGAUUCGCGAAGGGUAUUGGUGGAGUUGCGCUGAAGCCCGCUGCUGGGUUCUGGUCAAUUCCAGCCUAUGCUAUGCAAGGACUCAAUGCGGAGGUCAGGAACUUGCUAAGAGGCGGUGGCUGGGUGAACCAUAUCAUUGCCGCCAGGGCGCAGCAAGGAAGAGAGGAGAUCGAGUAUGCGACCAAAGAGGAGGUGAAGGAUGUGGUGGCUAGGUGGCAACAGAAGAGAUGGGAAGAUCCAGCUAAAGGAGGUCUCAGGGACUGGGUGAAAACAGAUGUUCUAGGGAAAGGAAAAGGAGUCGCCUCACCUGGCACGACGGCUGGAGGAGCGGGUAGCGGCUCUAGUCAGGGACAGGCUCGAAGCGGAGUGGCUGCUGCUGUUGGGGCGAGCAAUGAUGCCGAACUGGAAAAGGCUAUUCAAGCUUCGAUUCAGCAGACGUCCAGGGGUGACGCAGAGGAAGACGCUCAGAUCGAGGCUGCUAUCAGACUCAGUCUUGCUCAGAUGCAGCAUGAAACGACUUGGCAAGCCCAGCAGCCGCCGCAGUAUGAUGGAUCCGUACCAGCUAGGUAUGAAGAGCUCAAGUCACCUCCUGGUGCUUGGCCACAAGCAGCAUCCGGUCCUCCCUCUUCCGCAGAUGUGGCAUCCCCAGGGGCACCACCCCCUGCAUAUUCGGCCGAGUACCAACACCAACCCCCACCUGAGAAAUCGUCGCUUGCGCAAGCCAUGAUUGAUGAGUACUUCACGGGCAUUUCAGACGAGGAGCACCAAGCUCUAAUCGAAGAGGCCGUUCAGCGAAGUAUUCGCGCCCAGAUGUAUCAGCAAUCAACUAUGAGCGCCAAAGAAGAGAAGGAACUCCAGAAGGCGAUCGAGGCAUCCAAGUCUGCCUACACCUUUGGCGUGCCUCCUCCAUUGCCAGCCCGUCAGUUCAGCGGGUUCACUCCGAUUGCCACACCAACCACGCCCAACAAUGGAGAGACAGGUGAGGAUCCCGAGGAGGAGGAAGAGAUGAGGAAGGCACUGGAGGAAAGUGAGAGAAUGGAUAGAGAGAGAAGGGAGCAGGAGGAAAGGGAGAAGAACGAGGAGGCGAUUGUGUUGGAAUGGGUGAAAAAGCAGAGUUUAGCUGAGGAGCGGUUCAGAGGCGGGACGAGUCAAAGGGGGCUUGGAGGUGGUGAGGGGAGUGGAAGUGGAGGUGGUCAGAGACAGGGUCAAACCCAGGGCCAAACCCAGGUACAAGCUCCAGUGGAAGUAUCGCAGGCGCAGCAACGUCGGGAGCAAGUUCAAAGCGAAGGCCAAGGACAAACUGAUACGCACCAUGGACCCAUCCAAAUGGAAGAUAGGGAUUUCGAUGAGGAGGAGGAGUUUAGAAGGGCGCUUGAGGAAAGUUUGAGGAUGAGUGGUCAGAGAGAUGCCAAGGGGCAGUAAGGGAUAUUUUGUGCUAUCGCUGUUUUGUUUCAUAGCUGCGUUCAGUUAUGGGGAUGUUAAAUAUUCAGUUUCGAAAAAGUCAAGAGAAGAUUUUCCAAAGCCG